AUGGCCGGAGACGUGCCCGCUCCCCGUAAGCAGUAUGACCCGUACUCCAACACGUACAACCCCGGAUGGAGAGACCAUCCCAAUUUCAGUUAUGGGAAUAGACCACAAAAUUUCUUCCCAAAUCGUCCACCAGGGUUUCAGCAAUCAUGGCAACCGAAUCCUCAACUUUCAUCCUCUAACUCAGGAAGCUCUUUGGAGGAUAUUGUAAAAAGUCUGGCCACGACUACCACUCAGCUCCAACAAGAAAUUAGAUCUUUGGUCAUGAGCACUACUCAGUUUCAGCAGGACACCAGAAUAGGUAUGAAAGAUAUGGAAACUCGAAUGAGCCAAAUGGCAACUGCCAUUAAUCGCCUGGAGUCCCACGUUUAUGGAAAAUUUCCAUCGUUGGAAAAGACAAAGAAAGUGGAGAAGGAAAAAGAGUUUUUGGAUGUGUUCAGGAAAGUAGAGAUUAACAUUCCCCUGUUGGAUGCAAUCAAACAGAUACCAAAGGACGCCAAAUUCUUGAAAGAUUUGUGCACCCACAAAAAGAAGCUACGGGGUGACGAAAAAGUGACGGUGGGAGAAAAUAUGUCAACUAUACUCCAAAGAAAACUCCCAUCAAAAUGUGGGGACCCAUAUAUGUUCACAAUUCUAUGUAAAAUAGGAGGUACCCUAAUUAGGAAAGCGAUGUUGGAUUUAGAGGCGUCGAUAAAUGUAAUGCCUAAAACUAUUUAUGCGUCUCUUAAUCUUGGGCCAUUAAAAAGCACAGACAUUAUAAUCCAACUAGCAGACCGUACCAAUGCUUAUCGAGAAGGGUUAGUUGAAGAUGUUUUGAUACAGGUCAAUGAAUUAGUCUUCCUAGCAGAUUUUUAUGUCCUAGAUAUGGGGGAUGAAAGGUCAUUAAAUCCGUUACCUAUCUUGUUAGGUAGACCAUUUUUAAAUACUGUUAGGACAAAAAUAAAUGUGAAUGAGAAUACUUUGUCAAUGGAGUUUGAUGAUGAAAUUAAAACGUUUGAACAGGAUGGGAAGGACGCACUGGAAGUGGCUUUGACGAAACACCUUGAGUUAGGGGCAACUCUCAGUGUGGAAAUAAGUGAUGAGUUGUAUCAUGCUAUUGAAGCACUACACUCACUUCCAUCAAUUUUCUCAAGGUAUGAGAUCCCUUCUGUAUUUGUACCUGAAACUCAGACGAAAUUGUUACAUUCUGUUGUGCAGACACCCGAGCUAGAGUUUAAACCCCUCCCAAAGCACCUGAAGCAUGCAUUUCUUGGGGACAAGGAAAUACUACCGGUGAUAAUUUCUGCACACCUGUCACCGAGCCAAGAAGACAACCUAGUUCGUCUUCUUCAAGAUCAUAAGCAGGCGAUUGGAUGGAGCAUAGCAGACAUCAAAGGAAUUAACCCAUCCUUAUACAUGCACCGGAUACGGCUUGAGACUGAUGCAAAGCCGAUAAGACAGGCGCAACGGAGAUUGAACCCACUAAUGAUGGAGGUAGUUAAAAAGGAGAUACUGAAACUCCUAAAAGUGGGAAUCAUCUUCGCCAUCUCAUACAGUCUCUUGGUGAGCCCAAUUCAAGUAGUCCCGAAAAAGGCGGGAGUUACAGUAGAAGAGAAUCAGGAGGACGAGAUGGUCCCAGUGAGAAAGCCCACAGGAUGGCGCCAAUGCAUCGACUACCGGUGA